AUGGUUGAUAUCGAUCUUAAUGGUGAACCCGAGCAUGAAAACGGAACUAUUCUGGAUACUCCUAAGGCAAACCCCCCUACAGUAGGAAUGUGUUUUCCUUCGGGGUACGAAUUUAGUGAAUUUUGUCAUCGAUAUGCUUUUGAGCAAGGUUUUGAGAUGUUUGUGGCAAGUGACAUUUUAAAAACGGAGUACAAAGCUAAGGGUGUUUCUAAAAAAGGUGUUGGAGAACUUGAAGCUAGGCCGCAUAUGAUGGAUAGAUUAAGGUUUAAAUGUAAGAAGGGAGGGGUUAAAAAAAGUGAAGGGUCUAAUGUUACUGGUUGCAAAAUGUUUGUUUAUGGUAGAGUGAAAAAUGGAGAGUUCGUACUUGUUAGUUGUGAUUUAAAGCAUAAUCAUCCUCUAAGUCCCGAUUGUAGUAGAAUGAUGGUUAAUUAUAGAAGCAUUGAUGGACCGACCUUUGAUAGGAUAAUGAUAAAUGAAAGGGCCGGUGUUAGCAUCAGUAGAAACUUCGGGACGCAAUUGAUUGAAAAAGGUGGUUUUGAUAACAUGACGUUUAACAAAAAGGAUGUUAGGGACGCCAUAGCUGUUGAACGUCGUAAAACAAUGUUUGAAAAAGGAGAUGCUGCGGGUCUUGAAGAUUAUUUCAAAUCACAGCGAGAAUUGAAUUGCGAUUUUUAUAGUUCAAUGCAACGAGAUGAAGAAGGCAUUUUAAAAAAUUCAUUUUGGUCUGACGCGCGCAGUAGAGGAGCUUGCAAAUAUUUCGGAGACGUGAUUAGUUUUGACACUACUUUUUCUAGCAAUAGGUAUCGUAUGCCAUUUGCUCCCUUUGUUGGCGUUAACCAUCAUGGUAAAUCGAUAGUCUUCGCUGCCGCUUUAAUCUCACACGAAGACACUGAAUCGUUUAUUUGGGUGUUUGAGGAAUGGCUGAAGUGCAUGGGGAAGCCUCCCAAGGGCAUUUUGACUGAUCAAGACAAGGCAAUAGCUAGAGCCAUAAGUGAAGUUUUCCCCGGUGUUCCACACAGGCUUUGUCUGUGGCACAUGUUACAGAAUGCUUCUCGCAAUCUAGGCAAGCUUGCAGAAUGGAAAAGCAUUGAUACACUCAUCCGAACAGCCGUCCACGAUAUGCUUGAUCCUAAUGAGUUUGAUGAGGCUUGGUGCCUUGUGAUGGACAAAUAUAAUCAACGUGGUAAGGGGUGGAUGCAGGAUGCGUAUGAUAACCGUCAGCAAUGGGCACCAGCCUACAACAGAGGCACAUUUUGGGCUGGAAUGUCAUCUACCCAAAGAAGUGAAGGCAUGAAUCGUUACUUCAAAAAUCAUGUAGACUUAGAAUGUGGAUUAGUCCAGUUUAUUAAGAACUACGAGUUUUGUAUGAAUAUAAAGGCUGAGGAAGAGAAGGAGGAUAAUUUUGAUAGUGUAGAUACGCCUCCUCAACUUGAUGUGGAUAAGAGUGUGUUAGCCGAGUAUGUUUUCCGUAAGGUUUACACGAACGCGAUGUUUGCUGAUGUUGUGCAUGAGCGUAAAGGUUUAACCCACACAAAUGUUACCAGAACUGAUUCACUAGGGUCACUUGUGUUGUAUAGGGCAGAUGAGAAACUAACCUCCCCCCACUGGAGGAAAAGGUAUAAGAGCUAUAAUGUUAAAGUAGAUAAGGUUAAAGGGGAGCUAAGCUGUUCAUGCCAGUUGUUUGAAUUUAGAGGUAUUUUAUGUAGGCACAUAUUGAAAGCCAUGGAUGUGGAGGAUUUUCAAUUUGUACCGGAGAAGUAUAUACUCGAUAGAUGGAGGAAGCAAGUUAGGUCAUACGAGAGCAUUAGGGUUUCAUACUAUGAUCCGGAAGAAUCUAAACGACUAGCAAAAGCUAAAGAGCUCACUCAAAGGCAUAAUUAUUUGAGAGAAUUAGCCAUGCAUAAUGAGGAAGCCUACAAGUUGUAUACGGAAGCUACUGAUGCCCUUAGGAUAAAAAUGGAGGAUGUGGUGGGUCUUCGAAAGACUGGCAAUGUAGGGGAUAAUUCAAUUUGUUGGUGGGAUCCCGAAGCACGUAAUGUUUUUGGUCGUAGUAGGUUACGCCCAAGAGAGCAUAAUGAACGCGCCCUGAAAAGGUUAGCUCAACCUCCUGAAGAAGGUGUGAUUAAAACACCCGUUGACAAGAGGCAUGUUGGUCGACCAAAGAAAGGAGCUUAUUCAAUUUAUGACAAAUCUAAGAAGAACCUAGCAUCUACGCACGCUGAGAUUGCAGCUAAUGAGGAACUUAUCAGGUCUACCUAUGGCCAUAUUCCUAGCUACCGGGAUAGACAAGAACACGCGAACAACGUUCACGACGCAUGUGUAAAUCUUUCUUACAAUGGACCCGUGUUAGAAGACAUUCCUGAAAGCUCUCAAAUUAAUUUGUCCGAAGAUGUAUCGCAAACAUUUGAUUACGAUGCGUUUGUAUGGCGCAAAAGACCUGGAGGCCGGAUGACGUUGUAG